AUGCUGGCCAGGCUUAAAGCAGGGUGGGGCGAUGCGAACCCCGCAGCCACCGGUCCCGCCGCCGCCGACGGCCAUUCCGAGCCCUCAGACGACGAGGGGCGCUCCACGCUCGACGCCACCCCCGAGCCCAGCGCCAGCUUCUCCGAGGCCCAGCCGCGGCACGGAUCCAGCCUCGCGAGCGACGGUGCGUCCAGCGGCGACGAGGCGGGGCCCGCGCGCCGGUCCUCCGCCCUCCAGCACGGCAGGCGCCGCAGCAGCGGGCUCAGCGCGCAGUCCCUGGGCGAGGUGGCGGGCGGGGGUUUGGGGCAGAGUUCAGUUCAGGCGCCGGCGCCGCCCAGGCCCCGCACGUGGGAGGAGGUGCGCGCCGCGGCGGAGAUCGCGCGCCGAGGCCUCCUCUGGGCCAGGCUGGCGGCCACGCCGGAGCUCGGUGCGGGCCUGCGCCGCCUGGAGCGGUGCCUGGCUUCCUCCGCCGGGCGCGGGGAGGCUGAGGGGGCGCGUAGAGAGGACAGCGGUGGCCUCGGCACGGCCGGCCUGGGCCCGCUGUGCCGCUGGGAGGACGCCAUGCCGGGGCAGGCCAUGUGCUCGGCGUGGCACCCUGACCGCCCCGCCAUCCUGGCCGUGGGCUUCCGGGAUGCGCGGCGGCAGGACAGCCCCGGGCGGGUGGCGGUGUACUGCCUGUCCCGCCCGGGGCGUGCGCUGUGGCAGGCGGGGGUGCCGCACGGGCCCUCAGCCGCCGCCUGGCUUCCGGGCCGCGGCGCGCUGGCGGUGGGGUGUGCCAUGGGCACCAUAACCCUCUUCCGACCCCGCCAGGGCGGGCGAGACGCGGGCAGCCCCAUCUGCACCGUGCCCUACGGCGGCGGCCACGGCGCCCCAGUCUGCGCUCUGGUUCCCGCCGCAGAGGCCGGCACUUGCCUGUCCUCGUGCGGAAAGGAGGGCACGGUGCUGCACUGGAAAGGCGGCCCAGAGGACGGCCUGGAGGUCGGCGCGCGGCAGGAGCUCAUGGCGCCGUGGGCCGCCUGGGUCACGUGCGCCGCCGCCCGCUCCCCCGACCGCGCCUGGGCCCUGGGGAGCAUGGAGGGCCGGCUGCUCGUCGCCGCGACGGACCAGUCUGCACCGAGCUGCUCCGCCGCUGGUCCCCACCCGGCCCCGCUCCUGCAGUUGGCCUGGCACCCGCGCCGGCAGCACGUGCUGCUGAGCGCCGAUGCGAGGGGCACGCUCGCGAUCUGGAGCGUCGAGUCCGCCGAGGUGUGCCUGGUAUGGUCCCACUCUGGGCCGGUUGAGGCAGCCGCCUGCGUCGCCUGGCACCCACUCCAAGGCACCUGCUUUGCUGCGGGCGGCGCGGACGGCAAGGCUUCGGUGUGGGACCUGGCGAGGUCCACCCGCUUCCCCCUGUCGACCUCGACCCUGGGCUGCCCCGUCACGACCCUGGCGUGGUCUCCAGACGGGCGGGCGCUCGUGUGCGGGGGCGAGGCUGGCGCAAUCACGGCGCUUGCCUGGUCUGCCCCUGAUCUGACAGAGGGCGGCAGCCAGGACGGUGCAGAGGGGAACGAUGCGGUGCUGAGGGUGCUCACUGAGUCACGACACGAGUCAUCAAGGAUGUGA